GUUGCUCCCCGCGGCAGCUCCGCCUCUCCCGGCCCGGUUCCGCACCUCCCUCCCUCCCGGCAGCGCUAUGGCCGCGGCCCCGGCGGCCGAAGGGGCCCCGGCGGCGGCGGACGCGAGCAAUAGCAGCGCUGAGUCGCUGGACCGGCUGUACCCAGCAGUGGGUUCCUCCAAGCCGCCCCGAAAGCGGACCACCAGCCAAUGCAAGUCAGAGCCCCCCCUGCUGCGCACCAGCAAAAGGACCAUCUACACUGCAGGGCGACCACCGUGGUACAAUGAGCACGGGACACAGUCCAAGGAGGCCUUUGUCAUAGGUCUGGGAGGGGGCAGCGCCUCUGGGAAGACCACGGUGGCCACCAUGAUCAUCGAGGCUCUGGAUGUCCCUUGGGUUGUUCUGCUCUCCAUGGACUCCUUCUACAAGGUGCUGACCAAGCAGCAGCAGGAGCAGGCAGCCAGCAAUGACUUCAACUUUGACCACCCCGAUGCCUUUGACUUUGACCUUAUCAUCGCCACCCUGAAGAAGCUGAAGCAAGGCAAGAGUGUGAAGAUCCCCAUCUACGACUUCACCACCCACAGCCGGAAGAAGGAAUGGAAAACCCUCUAUGGUGCCAACGUGAUUAUUUUUGAAGGCAUCAUGGCAUUUGCAGACAAGGAGCUGCUGAAGCUCCUGGACCUGAAGAUCUUUGUGGACACGGACUCUGAUAUCCGCCUGGUGCGCCGCCUGCGCAGGGACAUCAGCGAGCGCGGCCGCGACAUCGAGGGAGUCAUCAAACAGUACAACAAGUUUGUGAAGCCGGCCUUCGAGCAGUACAUUGAGCCCACCAUGCGGCUGGCCGACAUCGUGGUGCCCCGAGGGAGUGGAAACACGGUGGCCAUUGAUCUGAUCGUCCAGCACGUGCACAGCCAGCUGGAGGAGAGGAAGCUGCGCUGGGAUAUGGCCGCCCUGGCCUCUGCCCAUCAGUACCACCCCCUUCCGCAGACGCUCAGCGUGUUGAAGAGCACCCCUCAGGUGCGGGGCAUGCACACCAUCAUCAGAAACAAGGAGACCAGCAGGGACGAGUUCAUCUUCUACUCCAAGAGGCUGAUGCGGUUGCUGAUUGAGCACGCGCUCUCAUUUCUCCCUUUCCAGAGUUGCACUGUUCAGACCCCCCAGGGACAGGACUACGAAGGGAGGACAUACAGUGGGAAGCAAAUCACUGGGGUGUCCAUCCUGCGGGCAGGCGAGACCAUGGAGCCAGCACUGCGAGCUGUCUGCAAGGACGUCCGCAUCGGGACCAUUCUCAUCCAGACCAACUGCAACACGGGCGAGCCGGAGCUCCACUACCUGCGGCUGCCAAAGGACAUCAGUGAGGACCACGUCAUCCUGAUGGACUGCACGGUCUCCACGGGAGCUGCAGCCAUGAUGGCCGUGCGGGUGCUGCUGGAUCACGAUGUCCCAGAAGACAAGAUCUUCCUCCUCUCCCUGCUGAUGGCAGAGAUGGGUGUCCACUCAGUUGCCUACGCUUUCCCCCGGGUGAAGAUCAUCACCACAGCUGUGGACAAGAAGGUGAACGACCUCUUCCGGAUCAUCCCUGGCAUUGGGAACUUCGGCGAUCGGUACUUUGGGACGGAUGCUCCUCCUGACUGGAGCGACGAUGAGGAUGCUCUCAGCACUUAGCUGGGUGGGAGAUGCCACCGACGCCAGGCAGCUUCAGCACCGCACCUUAAACCCCCCCCACCAUCCAUGGCAGAGAUUUCUCUUUCCUCCUCACCGAGCAUAUAUAUAUUUUUUUCAACUCUUUCAUCAGAGAUGUAGGGCAUAUUUUUUCAAACCCAAAUCCGAGCGUGACGUUGUGGACAGCCGCGUGUCCCAGCAUAGAGUGGAGUUAAUUUAUUUUAAUUUAACUAUUUGCCUAUAUAACUUAUUGGAGAUAUUUUAUAAAGAAAAAAAAAUAAUAAUAAUAAUAAUAAAUUUUUUUCUCUGGUUUUCUUGAA